GAAAAGAGUAAAAAGGAGUAACACGUGUGUACAUGUUCAGUGUGUCAGCCACCAGCACAGCAAGCAAAAAAAUUCAUCCCCAUCAGGUAUAUUGACAUAACACUGGACCACCAUGGACAGCACAAGGGACAUCAUGACCAUGAUCUGUCUGCUGCUUGUCAACCUGCCCAUGAUUGACAUGGCCAGCGGGAAAGUGCUGGAGGAAACGUAUUACAAGUGGAUGCAGUAUAAGGGCGAGUGUUUCCAGAUGAUUGAAAUCGAGCCGACGCCGCAAGGUGGCUUGUUUUGCAACAGGACUUUUGAUAGAUACGCCUGCUGGCCAGAUUCUCCUGCUGGGUCACUUGUCAAUAUCUCAUGUCCGUUUUACCUGCCCUGGUAUGAUCAAGUUUCACACGGCAUGGUGUAUCGACGCUGCGGCAUCGACGGUCUUUGGGAGCGUGACGGGGACGGUCACGUAUGGAGGGAUAAGUCCGAAUGCGAGGAGGAAAAAGAGGUCACAUCUCAGGAGAUGUGGUUCCAGAAAAUGAUGUUGAGCUUCAGGAUGUUGUACACCGUGGGUUAUUCCCUGUCUCUCUUCUCUCUCGUUACCGCUCUCGUCAUUCUGUUGAGCUUCAGGAAAUUGCGAUGCACACGCAAUUACAUCCAUGCCAACCUCUUCUUGUCCUUCAUCCUGCGAGCCGCGUCGGUCAUUGUUAAGGACACCAUGUUGGAACGUCACUGGGGACGCGAAAUUAUCAAAAGCGCCGAUGUGAGCGAGAUGCUCAGCCAUCGGGCCGCGAUCGGCUGCAGGAUAUCCCAAGUUCUGAUGCAGUACUGCGUGCUCGCUAACCACUACUGGUUUUUUGGAGAGGCAAUUUAUCUGUACUCCCUGCUGAUUGCCUCGGUGCUUGUUGACAGCAAAAAGUACUUGCCGUUGAUCUGUCUCGGCUGGGGAACCCCUCUUUUCUUUGUGAUUCCUUGGGUAGUGAUGAAGAUACUGAAAGAAAACAAUGAAUGUUGGGCUGUCAACGAAAACAUGAACUACUGGUGGAUCAUCCGUUCUCCGAUUCUUUUCGCUUCGCUCGUCAACUUUCUGAUUUUCGUCAAGAUUCUGAAAGUGAUUCUCUCCAAACUUCGGGCGAACAACCAAAGCGACUACUCUGAUUACAAACGGCGGCUUGCCAAGGCAACGCUGACGCUGAUUCCCUUGUUUGGCACUCACGAGGUCAUAUUCAUCUUCUUAACAGACGAACAAACCACUGGGGCUCUGCGAUACUUUAAAGUUUUCUUCACGCUGUUUCUCAAUUCGUUCCAGGGAUUUCUGGUGGCGGUUCUCUACUGCUAUGCAAACAAAGAGGUGAGGACGGAGUUGAAAAGGAAACUGUGCAGCUGGAGGAUAGGAAGACACUUUGGACAGUGACUAGCCGGUGGAGUCACCCACGUUCAAACCUUUUCAAUUGCCACAGUGACAGAGUGUAAUAGGUCAUCAGAGAGGACCACGAGGUCAAUGGCCAAUGCCUCUGCCAUCCGUGACAGUUCUCUGCACCGAAUUCAAGGAAUUUCUCAUUGCCAUGAGGCCUCACUGUCACUCAUACCCGCAGCCGCGACGGGUACUGACGCUGCGCUAGCUUCACCAGCAGUCAUGCAGGUGUCGUUACAAAUUCAUCUUCAAGACCCGGUGGAGUUACUUCCACAUGUUCCUGGUGUAGAAUCAGACUGAACACGGGAUUUAUAGUUUAUUUCAAAUGAUUGUGUGAAAACUAUGAGCUGUUUUGUAAUAUGUUGUCACUGUAGAUACAAUAUUAUAGUCGUUAUUUGUUAUAGUUGUUGUGUCUGUUAAAUUUAUAUUUGUAUUUGUUAUAUUUUUAAUGUGGGCUGGUGGAAGCCAUUCAUAUGUUAUAAAACAGGGGUCUCAAACGUGUGGCACGAGGGCCAAAUGCGGACUGCGGGACUGUAUUUGCAGCGCCUUACUUUGUCUUGUAUCUAAGUGUUUAUUUUAGUGCUGCAACGAUUAAUCAUUACCUCGAGUAAUUCGUUUCGAAAAAAGCUACGAAUCAAAUUUUGCUGCUUCGAGUAUUAGAGUAACGUUGUAAUGGUUUGUUUUGAAAGUGUUUGGAUUUAUUUUUAUUGAUUUGGGUGGUUACACUGACCUCUAGUAGCAACAGUGAAUAUGACAUAACUCAUUUAACAUGGCUGAAUCCAACUGCUCCCUGUUAAGACCAACAUAAGAGAUUUUUUAAAUUUGAGCUAAUAUGUUUUUUAUGCAUCUGUAAUUUAGUAUAUCAGUAUAUUUAGUGUUUCUUUGUGGGAAUGUGUUUACCGAUUUGUUAAAAGCAUUGUAAAAAAAUGUUAGCAUUUUACAGCAUUUAAGCUAGCAAACUUUUGUUAUGCAAGUUAGCCCUAAG